AUGAUUUGGUUUUUGAAAUAAGUCUGUUCUAGUCUUCAUAGAAGAUUUGAUUUCAAAAAAUAAAAAUCUUUGAAAUAUUUGCUAACUUAGUCGUGGAUCAUUUGUGUAAAAUAAUUAAUAUUGUAAAAAUACUAUAACAAGCAGUGUGUGAGUGAAGCUUAUUAACAGCAACAGAAUCUAUAUUAGAUUGUCCAAUAAAAAAGAAAGUAAAUAAUAAGCUGUUCAAAUAGAAAUCUUUGCUAUUUUUAAUUACAAGCCAACCAAGCAAGAUAUUUCUUUAAAAAAGAAAGAUUCCAAGUAAAAUAAUUAAUUAACAAAAAAAUUUAAUUUAAAUAGAAAGAAAUAAAUAAAACAAAAUAUUAUACCAAUUCACAGUUCUAUUCAAUAGAAAAAAGUAGCAUUAAGGACUUCAGUUUAAAAAAGCUAAACAAAGAAAAAGUACUCUAAAAUCAAAACAAAUGUCAUUCUAAAUUUUUGUUAAGAUCGAGAAAAACCUAAUUAUUGAUGUAGAAACCUAGGACUCUAUUGCCGCUAUUAAAAGCAAGAUCGAGAAGUUGA